CUUGCCGUCUCCUCCCAGGUUUCCUUUCUCAACAACAAAAGCAAAUCGACGGCCAUCCUCACUCUCACCUCCUCUCCCACCCGCACCACCAACGCACAUACAUACUUUCGUUGCACAGGGCAUCCAUUGUAAUAUCCCGAACCCUUCCCCUUGUUGUCCCGAAAACAACCCUCCGUCGAUCAAGUCGAUCUGCAUUCCACUCUGUACAUCCUCCCUCCAGCGCCCGCUGUACUCCAUCCUUCGUCUACAAGCCUCUGUGCCACAACUGCGUGACCUGGCGCAAGUAGAAUACCACUACCCGAAAUCAGCUCACAUUUGGAUCUAUUUAAGAGUCACUCUCUGAUUUCCUGUCUACACUAUGCUGUGCCUCCGGCGCUUUGUCUAAACGCAUGUCACAUCUGUCGACGGCCUAUUUCCUCUAUCUUGACCUGGUAAUCUGGGUCAGUCCUCCCGACCUAGAACACUAAAUAUCCGCAUCACUUGCCUGCGACGUAACAGUCGGUCGUCAUGUCGUCGAAGGAACCAUCCGUCAAUGACAAAGUCAGUGCCAGUACCGAGUCAAGGGACUCGGCCGCUCCUUUGCUGAGAGACUCCUCUGCUCAACCCUCCGGAGCGCAGACCUCUGCGUCGACCGUUGAAGAAACCUCCACCAAGCCGCGGAAGAGGGACUUUUGGAAGUUGGGAAAGAAGCCAGAAGAAGACAAGCACCAUAUAAAGGGGAAAGCCGCCGUUGCCUCGAAAUCCUCUUCCUCCACUGCCAGCCCCUCCGCUGGGUUGAAUCCGACGUCACCCAUCAGGUCCCCGGACUCGGUCAGUGGUUCAGUAUCACCGCACAGAGGCUCUAUGGCUCAUCCCUACGGUGUCCCGGGCUCCCCGGGGUAUGGGCCGAGUAACUCGUCUCCCAGACCGCACUCACCCGCUUCUUCCAUGAUCUUUGAGCGAAAUGUCCAGGAAGAAAUCGCUCUGCCUGAGAAAUCCCCACACUUGCCUUCUCAUGUCCUCAUUGAAAAUCACAUUGCGCCGGCUCUGGAUGCGUCUGCGGAGGCCAUCACGAACGAAAAACUGGACCCCGACACGGUGGAGAUCGUCACUCACGCAACGCAUCAACCUGCUGCUGUGACAAUCUCCGGGCUUGGAGCCGAUCAUUCUCUGGCUUCUUCGGUCCAGGAGGAUUUUCCUUCUUCUUUAACGCAUCGGCAAGACGCCGACACUGGGUCAAAUUACGGAUCCUUGGAUUCGACCGAUGUGCGGCGCCUGAGUUUCAUUUCCUUCGCGGAUGUUGUUCACGGUGAACAGGAGCUGGGAGACCCGCGCCGCGACUCGACCCAUCUAUCGGGCCAUCCGUCCCUCGUUCCGGCUCGCUCGCCGUCUCCUAUUCGAUCGCCCACCUCCUCGGCGGCAUUUGGAACAUCACCACCCACAAGCGUGACCGCCUCUGUGAAGGGAUUCGAGACAUCCCCAAACCGAGCCCCAAGAGGCGCCGGUAGUCCGCUGCCAGGACAGAGCUCACCGCUAGCUACUGGAAAUGAAAUUAACGUUGAAACCAUGCGACAAGCUCUCCGGCGGACCGGGAGCGGAGAUCUGAGCCAUUUCCGCAGUCCGCCAGCCAGCGCAGUGGGCAACGAUGAUGGGACAUACGAGCGACCCUUCAGAUGAGUAUAUGCGAAAAUGAGGCGACGAGCAGCCAAGCAUGAGGUGACAUGAUCUACGCGGGCGCAUAUCAUGGUGGGAAGUUAUACAUCUCGAGAAGAAGGAGUGUGUGGAUAUCUGCGACAGGUAAUAUGUCUUUUUCUUGCACGCUGACCUUCUCCAGGAAGGCGUCUUUUCAUUUCAUUAGGACACUAGAUACCACCUUUUGCUGAAUGAUUAUGAAUUCCUGCCGCCUACAAAAGAGACAAUAUUCUCGAGUUUCGGCUCACUCUACGUUUUCUGGGUCUCUGAAUUGGCUCCGUGAUUGUCGGCUUCGACCGAGAACUGACAGCGCAGAACCACGCAGUCCUCGCUUUGGCCAAUAAAAAUGGACGUUGAUGGUCUGCUGCUCAAUUCUCCAGGAUCAGGGCGCAAUCUCUUCCAUGUUAUCCCCCAGGAGUCGUCAGCGUAUAUUACUUAGGGGGCUCGGCGAGAUGGGCCUGAUGUCCCUAUCCGUCAGCAUCCUCACAUGGACCCUAUUUUGUCAAGCGAGUAAUCAGCAGGCUAGUCGAGGUAUGGUAUUUGGAAUGAUGACACUGAACAGCGAUGCUUGGAAACGAAGAACGACACGCCAUACUAACACAGAACAUCUUCCCAGGAAUACACCCGCCUGUGUGGACCUUCACCGGUUCACAAUGUUGUAUUUGGAGUCCGGAACCCCUCAGUGCCACAGCACACGAUACUGAAUCGACGCUCAUUACAGGAGGCUUCCCAGAUACCAUUGACGUCCUCUAUCAAAUUACAAUAUCCAAAGCAUGGCGAGGACCAUGAUCAGACAUCUCCGUCCUCCGCGUCCUGGAAGGCUGAUUUGAGCUUUGAAAGAAUUGCUUCGGCCUCCCUCAAUGUCUUCUCCAACCUGGCGGCUACAACGUCCAGCACUUCUUCUGGAGCCGCCAGAAGAGCUUCGGUGAUUCUGCAACGCACAGUCAGCGGGUUCGGCCGGAGGCACAGCGACGGCAGCAAGCAUACGCCUCUUCGUCGUCCACAAAGCUUCCGAUCUGAGCAAGAUCCCAGUCUCGGUCGAGGGUGUCCUCGGCACCUCCUGUGAAGCCGUUAUUCCAUGCAACUGUCUGUGGAUGAUGAUCCUCCUCUUCUACAGUCAUCAAGGAAGUGUCUUUUGUCUCAUGGUCGAAACUAGCCUGGCUGGACCUGGACUGAUAUGGGACAUCCAGCUGCUCACUCUCGAUCAAGGAGUCUUGCGUAUGAUUGUGGCCCAUAACUCCAGUGAUGGCGACUGUGCUUGACCCUGACGAAGAGAGGGUGCGCUUUGCGGAUUCUCUGGAGGUACUCUGUGAUGGCUUGAGCCUCUUGACGAGUCUUGGACACUGCUCCUGACCUGAGUGGCUUGGUGGAUGCUUCUUGUUCUCGCGAAGUCGAGAUUCUGGUACGCUGGUCUCGACGAUGAUCUCUGGUAUGAAGGAUUUGUUUGAGUUCAUGGUGACAGAAGAUGGUUACGUGUUUUAGGAACGUUCGUGUAUAUCAGACAGAAAGAACCUGAAUACCUCUGGGGGAGACAGAAUGCCCCUGGAAUACCUCUGAGGAGAGAGAAUUCCCCGAACUGCUUCUGCGAAAGGGUGCAUUUUCCCGGACUACUUAUACUCUGUGCCUGCAGUCCAGCCUCAUCUGCCUAGCACCGUGGGCGGUUGUCCCGACAUGUUUGGACUCGAUCCUGCUCAACAACUUUUGU